UCGGCCGUGACUCGAUUUUCGGAGGCUCUUCCGCCGGCCCGACUAGGGAGAAAAAGACAACAUGCCCGCUGCUUCCAACGUUGAGCAUGCUUUUGCGGGGAAUGCUUCGGGCAAAUUUGCUUGCCGCUCACCGACCCAGAAAGGAGCAGUAUUCCUCGGCGAGGAGCCAGAAAGAGUCCCCAUCAGAAACAAAGCUUCAGAAGCAAGCAUGCCAGGUUGUUCUCAAUCACUUCGAGAAACAGUACUCUAAAGAGUUGGGAGGAACAUGGAAUUCAGUCAGGGAAAUUCUUAUAACACCACAGUACUGGCAAUAUGCAGUCCUCCUUAAUAAAUUCAGUUGCUCUUCUGAAAUGGAGUCUUAUUUGUGUUUAAAGAACUAUCGCCUCCUUUUCCCAAGACCUUCAUCCUCUUUUCCACAAUCAUUGAAGUGUUACAUCAGUGAUGCUCCUGGAAGAUUCCCUGCUCAGAAACACAGAGAUGGACAGUUAAAGCAGUACUACCUGCUAAAUGCUGCCUCUCUGCUGGCAGUACUGGCUCUGGAAGUAAAAGAUGGAGAAAAAGUGUUGGACAUGUGUGCUGCCCCAGGGGGUAAAUCAGUAGCUACACUACAAUAUGCUUGCCCAGGGCUUUUACAGUCAAAUGAAUAUGAUAACUUGAGAUUCCAUUGGUUGAAGCAGACAUUAGAAUCCUUCAUUCCAGAAUCUAUGAUGAGCCUAAUUACUGUUUCUCCUAAUGAUGGAAGAGAAAUAGGAAAUCUUCAGCCUGAAAAGUUUGAUAAGAUCCUAGUGGAUGCUCCUUGCUCAAAUGAUAGAAGUUGGUUAUUCUCUUCUGAUACCCAGCAGGCUAAUCUGCGCUUAGCACAAAGGAAGCUAUUAUCUGGUGUACAGAUACAACUGCUCAGAUCUGCAAUUAAAGCUUUGCGUCCUGGAGGAUAUCUGGUUUAUUCUACAUGUACUCUUUCUAAGGCAGAGAAUCAUGAUGUCAUAAGUCACAUCCUUGAUUCCUGCAGCAAUGUUUUGCCAGUGGAUUUGCACACCCUAGUCGCUUCAGUAUCCAAGGAAUUCAGAUUUGCUGCCAAUGUCCAACAGCAUGAACUUUUAGUACUUCCAGAAAGAGGGAAGGCAUGGGGACCGAUGUAUAUAUCUAAAUUAAAGAAAGUGUGAUUCAUGAAAUGCUUGUGAAUCAAAAUGACGGUUUUGUAUGGCUACAUCUUUACAAGAGCGUUUGUGAUUCAUACACCACUGACAAUAUCAAUUUUAAUAAAUCUUUGUACUUUCUUUUUGAACUAUUUAAAAUAUUUGAAAAAAUGAAUGAUUCAUGUAGAGAUUUCUAUUAAAUCCUAUAGCCAUAUUGCAGCAAUAACUAGGGAUACAAACUAAUCUGAAGUUAAUUUCAGUUCCAGCUAUUGGAAGUAACUUACAUUUUCUCCUGUUUUUGUUCCCAAUUGUUAGAUGGAAUAUUCAGAGAAAAGUUCUAAAUGAUAACCUGUUUUGAAUGUGUAAUGGAUUAUGCUGAAAAACACUGAUUUCAAAUUAAAGCAUAUUCAGUGUUUAGUAUGUAAAUUCUUCCCGGUAGCCAGAUAGAAAGCAAACAAUACUUCUCUUUAAACCAGAUCUGGAAACCAACUUAAUCACAAUUAUUUAUAAACAGUUAAUAAAUUAAAGUGUAACCACAUGACAUAAUCAGAUACUUUUAUUUUAUAUAUGAGAAGCACAUGCCAACUUUUCUAGUUUCCCAGAUUGCAUGUCACUAAGUUUCUCUAACUAAAUAAUAAUAUAUGGCAAUUCAGCGUUCCUGGAUAUAGUGUAAAAUAGUUUAAAAAAAAAAAAAAAAAAUCAGGAAAAACAGUUAAUAUGUAAAUGCAUAAAUAAAUGACCCUUUUAUAAUGAAACUAUUCUAGCUUCAAGCAAAAUCAGUCUGAGUCAGCAAGUUCUUGUUUUUGCCACUGGAAAUCACAGGUUAUAUUGAAAUAAUCUUAAUUGGUGCUAGUGCUACUUCUGCCAGAAUGUACUGUACAAUACGGGAACUCUAUUGAAAGCAUCUUUCAAGAGCUGAUUGCCAGCAAAUGUGGCACUUUGGUGUGCAUCUUUGGAGAUAAAUGUCGUUUAUCUAGCAGUGACAAAGUGACUUCAAAUCUAGGAUGAGGAAUAGCUAUAUUCAACACAGUAUUGCAAGGGCAUUUCUAUAUAAUUACCACUGUAAUUACUGAAGUCAGCAAACUGAACAAAGAAUUGAUUCAAAAUGAUGUUAGGUCUUUUCUGAAUAACUGCUCUAAAGCAGACUUCUUUAAAAAAAUGGACUGUUGGGUGAGAAGUGUAUAUCCAGUUUCUACACAAGACUAUUUUCCUCUAGUCUCUGUUACCUAGUGUAUAUCAUAUUAUGAUACAUUUGUUUGGAACUCUUAAUUCUUAAAAUGUAUUCCCUCUCAAGUAGAGAUCUGUUUGGAUAUGUAAAAGUACGGGAACUAAGUCAUUCAUGAACUUGCAUAUCCUCUUGAUGAGUUCUAAGAAAGUUGCAGAAAUAGUAGCUAUAGAAUUUGUUCUUUUGAAAACAAUAGGGUAGCCUUUGUACGCCUACACUAACUGUUUAUUCGUUUGUUUUGUUUCCAUUCUACUGAAAUAACACAAAAAAUGUCCACAGUCAAAGUGUUCAUGGUAAAACAGCCAACAUGUAAUGAAAUAAAAUUCAAGGAAACUUAUAUUAACAGCAAUAAGACAAUAUCAUAAUAAAGCCAAGUAAAAUUAUUUAAACAAUUGAAUCAGUUUAUAUAAUUCAAAGGACAACAAAUCGAAGUGGUGAUAGCAGACUUUGAAUAAACUCUCUGAAGAUCCAGCAUCUUCAGUAGCUUCCAGAAUGUUAGAAGGAAUGCAUCAAACCUUAAUUCUAAGAGAAAAGUAUUCCAAAAUAUUCCAAAGCUGGAAUAGAGAAGCAGCACUUCCUGGCCAUCAUUCUCUUUAUAAAAAUGGCAUAGAACCAAAAACACCCGAAGAAAAUGUACUGAAUAGGCUGAUUCAGUAGAAAAUUGUCUUGUAGGUAACUAGGCAUAAAGAAUUUUAUAGGUCAACACCAACCCUUGUUUAUGUAUUGAGCACAAAGGAACAGCUUCAGUAAUAUUUUUAUCCAAGCAAUAUAUAUUCUAUCAUUGCAAGCAAAUAUUUGUGUACUUGAAUUCUUUCCAACAUAUAACCUAAAAUAUUGAUAGUGUAUGGAAGCAUAAUUUUUAUGUAGAAUUAUUUUGCUUCAAAUCAAUAUCAUGUCUUCCUUUAAAACGAAGGCGAGUAUCUUUUCUUUCUGUAUAUUAACCUACUCUAACAUUUUAAUGUCCUGUUCUGAAUCUAGUGCCAGGCUCUAAAGUAUGUGGUAUCUCCAACUAGGUAAAAAAUGUAAUGAAAUAUUUUGCUUUAUAUAUAUAGAUUUGUGUAAGCCAAGUGGGAUCAUUGAUUCUCUGUUAUAAUGUACUGUCCCUUUUAGGAUAAUCUGGAGUUGACAAAUUUUUUACAGAAUUCUACCUUCAAUUUAACUCUUUCAGUCCUUAUCAGAAAAAAAAUAUAUAAUUUACUUUUAUGGUAAUUUACAUAAUAAAUGACUAUGAAAUA